AUGAUUACUAAAAUAAAGCAAUUUUUUAAUGAAAAUACUUCAGUGUCAGCUAUUAAUAAACUUACAUUGGCCUUAUCUGAUUUGAAACUUAUUGUUAAUGAUACUAAUUUUAUGUCCUAACUAUAAAUUAGCAAUCGUCUUAAACAUUUCUUUACAAAUGAUCAAACAAAAGUACAUUUAUAUAUUUUCAUUUAGAUAUUAUUUUUAAACUAAUUGUUACAAGUAGUAGGAGAUCACUUAUAAUAAAAAGAAAAAUUUUAUGUAAAACUGAAAAUGCUGCUUUUAGUCCAUAUAAUUAUCAGUUCUUAAGUAGCAAGAGCAGAUUUAUCGAAAAUAAUCAUCAAUACAAAAUUAACUAUAAAUAUCAAAGCAAAUGAUGGAACAGAUAAUUUGAUUGGUCAAUUGUGUCAAUCAUAUUAUUGUUAUAUUUACAAAUUGGCAUCAUAGACAACUUUAAUUAAUGAAGAUUUUGGUAAGCCUUAAGAUGAUUUAAUGAUUUACUUCACUCUUUCAAAUUAAUGCUAUAUUGGAAUGAAUAUGUAACGAUUAAUUGAAACAAUUAAUAAUGAACAAGUACCAAAUGAUAUAAUUGCUCAUUUAGUUAAGUUCUUGUAUUUUGAUAUAUAAGAUAUUUACAUCUUCAUCUUGAAAGAUGUGAAGUAUUUGAUAGAAAAGAAUCCAAACCUCAUAAUUAAUAAAUAAUAACUAUUAGAACUUUACAAAGAAGUAAAUAGUAAUAUUAAUAAAAAUAGUGUUAAUCGUUACAAACAAGGAUGGUUACUUUUUAUAAAUUCAAUCGUAUUUUCCCUCAUUUUAGUUAAAUUAUGCCUCCCCAUUCAAUUUAAAUCAAAAAUUCAGUUCUAAAUUCUGUUUUAGAAGAUAAAUAGAUUCAGGCAUUUUCAAAAUCUAAUCAGAAUGAAAUAAGAGAACCUCUUUCUGUAAAAAAUUCAGAUAAAAAAUUUAACGAUUAUACACGACCUUUAUCACCCAAAGAGAAAUAUUGA